CCUCCCCCUCUCCCUCCCCAUUUCGCCUUCGCGCUCGCUUCCUCCCCCUUCCCCACCGAAUCAUUCGAUUCGCCUCGUCUCGCCUCUCCCCACCCCGAUUCGAUUCGGUCGCCGCGGUGAUCGGCGGCAACGUUAGGGUUAGGGUUCCGGCGAUCCCCACCCACAUGGUGCAGCUCCCGAGCUCGGGGAAGCGGCACGCGGAGCCGGCCGAGGCGGCCAUGGCUCCGGCGCGGCGCGCCGCGGCGGCGGCCGUGAAGCUGGAGGUGGAGGAGCUCGGGGCCGACGACCGCGGACCGCUCAGCAAGCGUGCCAAGGCCGCUCAGCCGACUCCCCCGACGCCCCCGCAGCAGCAGCAGGAUAUGUACCAAAAUGUACUUGAUGAACCUAGCCCAUUGGGGUUGCGGCUGAAAAAAAGCCCAUCUCUGUUGGAUUUGAUUCAGAUGAGGCUCUCUCAAGCAUCCAAUGCAGGAGAGUCUUCUAUGGACAACAGCGGUUCGGAACCUUCCAAGAAGAAAGACAACAAAUCUGGCAUGUCUACAGCAGGAGAACGGCUAAAAGCUUCAAAUUUUCCUGCCAAUAUAUUGAAAAUUGGUACAUGGGAGUACGUAUCACGGUAUGAAGGUGAUUUGGUGGCCAAGUGUUACUUUGCAAAGCAUAAGCUUGUGUGGGAAGUACUGGAAGCUGGUCUGAAGAGUAAGAUAGAAAUUCAGUGGUCAGAUAUUACUGCUUUGAAGGCAACUUGCCCCGAAAAUGGACAAGGAACCUUGGACGUGGUGUUGGCCAGACCUCCUCUAUUCUUUAAAGAGACAGAUCCUCAGCCAAGAAAACACACAUUGUGGCAGGCCACCUCAGAUUUCACUGGUGGCCAAGCAAGUAUGCACAGGCGUCAUUUUCUGCAGUGUCCUUCAACCUUGUUGAGCAAGAAUUUUGAGAAGCUUAUUCAGUGUGAUCAACGGCUAUAUCAAUUGAGCCACCAACCAGAGAUCAUAUUAGACUCUCCAUUGUUUGAACCUAGGUGUUCAAUAUUUGAGGACCCGGUAGAAUCAAAAUGUGCUGGUUUUACUAAUUUGAAAGAUGAACAUGAAGCUCUACCUGGGUAUUCAGGUUCCUUGUCACCAUGUGCUGGCUCAUCCAUGUCUGCUAAGAAUGAAACGAAUGAUUCCAUUGGAAUGCCAGCAGAAUAUCUUCCUCAGGCAGUGGGCACAGGUACGAAUACCUUGCACCUCUAUGUUGGGCAAGCCUGUACAUGCUCAGGAGCUGGUGCUGUAGGUGUACAAACUAUCAGCAGAAACAUGAACGGUGCAGCUCCAGAAUUCAACAUCCCCCACUGGUGGAGUCAAUUGAAGGUGCCUGGGCUUAGGCCAUCGAUGUCAGUGGAUGAUUUGGUAAACCACCUAGGUAACUGCAUCUCAGAGCAGAUCACUUCAGGUAAUCCAGCAUUGGCCAACAACGAGGUGCCAACCAAAGAAACACUGGAGGAGAUCGCUCAGUACCUUCUUGGUGACACACAAGGCCCACCUGUCUCUGCAUCUGAUGAGAUAUCACUGAUGGCUAGGGUGGACUCCCUCUGCUGUUUGAUUCAGAAAGAUGCAGUGCCGGUUGCCAAGCCAAAGCCUGAGCCAAAUGACAGUGACAGAAUUGGCAUGGAGGCCUCAGAUGGUUCUGAUGAAGAAUUCAGUUCAGCACCAACAGGGAAAACUGCAGAUGCCACCAAUCCACCAGCCAUGUCAAGAAAGGACUCGUUCGGAGAGCUGCUGAUGAACCUCCCCCGCAUCGCUUCGCUACCGCAGUUCCUUUUCAAGAUACCAGAGGAUGCUGAGAACUGAACUUGGAAUAAGACUCGGUCCUCAUUCCCUGAAGUAGGGAGGUCACUGUAAAGAUUGUACCCAAACAAUAAGGAAGCCCCCCUCCCUUAGCUUGCCUCCUUCGGAAGUGAGUUCCCCGCCCUGUAAAUGUGACACCCUGUAGGUUGCUCCAAUUGUCUGUAUGUUUCGUGACUUAUAUGGGUAGUGGAAAAAUUGAAAUGUUCAUUGGUUCUUUUUAACUCAAUCAUGUCCUUGUGCAAAAUGAAAUGCCAAACUGUUGUGAUUAAAA